GUGGCGCGUAAAUCCUCCACGUGAAAAACAUGGYGGAAAAGAAGACGAUAUAGAAAAUACACCGAGCUAAAUAUCCCGUAAAAAAACUAUGGCAAUGACACGAGAAGAAGCUUAUAGAGUCCUAGAACUCCAUAGAGAUCCAGCACCAGAAGAAAYACGGGCAAGUUAUAAACGUCUGGCACUGAAAUGGCACCCAGAUAAACACAGUAAUAGCCCUGAAGCGACCAAGAAAUUUCAAGAAAUCUCUUCUGCAUACAAAAGAUUGACAAGCACUGAAUCUAAUGAUGAAAUACACCUGAGCAGGACUGAUAUGUUUGAUAUAUUUGCCCAUGUAUUUUUUCAUCGCAAUGGUAUGUUUGACUUUAAUCGGUAUAACCCAUAUGAGUCAGACGAAGAUUACAGUGAUGAAGACGAUGAAGAUAUGGAAGAUGAAUUGUUACAUAAUAUUGCUACUCGACUCAGAAAUAAAUAUGACAGAAGUAAACCUACAAAUUAUUCAAAAACAAAUGGCAAACCUGCCCAUAAUUUAUCUGAAGCAGAAGCUUUGAAAAAUGCAGAAGAAUUAAUAAAAGAGGAAGAAAGAGAUAGGAAAAAAGCAGAAAAGAGAAGACAAAAGAAAAAGAGAAGUAAGGAAAAGAGAAAGCAGAAAGACAAAGAAGACAAAGACAAAAAGGAUCAAAGUGAAAAGGAGAACAAAAAGGAAAAUGAUAAAGAAAAAGUACCAAWUAUACAGUUUGAAAAACUCAAUUUAAAAGAAAAUCAAGAUACCAAUAAACCUCCUCAAAAUGUAAAAACUACUAAAUCAAAUCACAGUCCUACUAUGCCUGGAGUAAAAGAAAAAUCACAAAAUAACCCUUUUAAAAAGGACCCACRAAAGACAAAAGAUAAGAAAAAGAGCCAGAUUGGGACCAGUCAAGUGCRUUUUUUGCCAGAGCUGCAGGACGAAAUCCUCCAUCUAACCCAACUAAUACUGUUACCAACACAUUAAAAGAUACCAAUAAUGCAUAUUUAUCAAAUACUACUGAUACUCAAUCUAAUAAAAAUGAAGAUGAAAAAGAGACAACUACUGAACAAUUGGAUCCUGUUGUACUACAAAGUAGACAACUUGCAGUUCGUGGAAAUGAAAUGGCAAACCUUGGAAACUAUGCUGCGGCAAUUGAUUUAUUUACACAAGCUAUAAAACUAGAUGCAAGUGAUUUCAGAUUCUUUGGUAACCGGUCAUAUUGUUUUGACCGUUUGGGACAAUAUGAAAAAGCAUUACAAGACGCAGAUGUUGCUAUAUCUCUAGCACCAGACUGGCCUAAAGGAUACUUUAGAAGGGGUAGAGCAUUGGCUGGCAUUAAAUUAUUUUCAGACAGUGAAGUAGCAUUUGCACAAGUACUAAAGUUGGAUAAACAUUGUGAAGAUGCCAUGUUUGAACUGGCUAAAGUUAGAGUACAGCAGCUUGAGGAUAUGGGUUUUCCAACUAUACAAAGUGAAGCUGCAAUACGAUCUUUCGGCACAGUACAAGCUGCAUUAGAAGCAUUAUUAGCUGGAAAAGUUCAAUGUCCCAAUACAGAGGAAAUAUAUGUAUCAGAUGAAGAGGAGGAUGCAAGAAUAAGAGUCACCUCAUCUAUAGCCCCCGUUGAACAAAGUAUAGGUUUGUGUAAAUCAGUCUGGGUUGGUAAUGUCAAUGCUGAGAUAGUAAGUGAAGCACAGCUGCAGCAGAUAUUCUCUCAAUGUGGAAAAAUAGAAUCUGUCAAGGUGCUACCCACAAGAUACUGUGCAUUUAUAAAUUACUUGACUCCUGAAGCAGCUGCUAGAGCCAUAACAAUUUUACAGGGAUUUGAAUUAGGUGGGCAAAACUUAUUGCUGCGUUACCCCAACAACAGUGGCAUUCCAACUACUUUACAACCACUAGUUAAUGAAAGCUUUUCCAAACCUAAACUAAGUGGUCCAGUAAAUGGAGAUGAAUGCUAUUUCUGGCGCACAACAGGAUGUAGCUUUGGAGAUAGAUGCAGAAAUAGACACUUACCAGAGAGUAAAGGUGUUGACUUGAAAAAAGUGGAAGCAAAAUAUGGAAAAGUAUAAUUCAGAUCAAAUUGAAUAUGUUUAGACACACCUUAGAAUUAAUAUUCCUAGUUUUCUCUGGGGCCCAAGGAUAGAUUCUGGUGCAUCUUACUUCUGAAUACUUCUUCUAGUAAACUUGUUAAGGUAAAAUCUUUCUAAUGUGUAAACAAUUUGUGUGAUUUCCAUACUUGUUUUUGAUUACUAAGUCAUAGCCCAGUUGUUCAAGAURACACUAGUCUUCAUAUAUGUAGGAUUUAUUGGUGAUUCAGGAUUGUGAAUAAUCUGGCUUUAAAUGACUCAGGUUCUCACCCCAGUAGUUGAUCCUUUGAUUGCUUGUCAAGGACAUCUUGUCAUGAAUUUUUUAUAGCAAUACGAAAAUAACACAAUACAAUACAAUAAAAUCAUUAUCAUUGACA